AUGGAGCCCAGCAUAACGGAGCAGCUGCGCCAGGCGCGCGAGGUGGUGCUCAACAAUCCAAACAACUAUCCGGCCAUUGUGCCCAGCAUCCUGCCCAUCAUCGGCACCGGCGCCGAUAUUGAGCUGCGUAGAUGGGGUGCCGAGUUCCUUGCUGAGACGUUCGCCUCGCCGCUGCUGCCCGCCGACCAGAAGCAGCAGCUGAGCCUGCUGGUGCUCGACAGGCUGCGCGAGUUUCUGGAACAGCCCGCUGAAGAUGUCGCUGUCGUCAAGGCCAUCGUCCAGGCAGCUGCAAGCAUCUACCCGCUGCUGUUCCGCUACAUUAUCAGCAGUCCUCACGACAGCGGGAACUGGCAGAAAAUGGCCCAGAUCAAGUCCAAUAUCCUCCGCCGCAUGGACACCGCCCCGCCUGGCGUGCGCAUUUGUUGCAUCAAGUUCGUCCAGCGCGUCGUCCAAACACAGACUCCUGGCCUCAUCGCCGACCCACGCCGCCCCGAGCAUAACGAAAUCUCCCUCGCCCUUGUCCCGCGUGAUCACCCUCUGAUACCGCCUCCGAAUCUGGAGGCCGAGGCUUCAGGUUUGCUGGACAGGCUGUUGAGUAUUCUUCAGGACGAGAUAAGUGAUGCUCUUCUUAUCACUGCUACCCUCAACAGCUUGGGCAGUCUUAUUCGCACCCGAGCCUCGGUGGCCAACAAGAUCGUCUCGACUGUCCUUAACUUUAACCCGCUCAAGUUGGCCAAUUCCCCCAUGACGUCCAAGACUAAGGUCAUGAUAAAAUCUAUGGAGCGGACCGUUCGUGCUCUUCUUGUAAACGUCGUCAAGAAGAACCCCAAUCACCCACUAGCCCCGAGAAUCCAACAGCACGUCGACAGACUCCACCAUACCCGCCUGGAAAUUUUCGAUGAGACAAAUCGCAAGAGGCCUGCCCCCAUUGAACCAACCGAUGGUCUAGAUCCGGCAAAGAGGCAGCGUCUUGGGGCGGACCUCCAAGCCCCUACCCCGCCUGGUAUCCCCCCGUUGGGUCCUGGCCCAGUGAGCUACGCACAACUAUACACUUUGACCCAAGACGAAGGUUCAAAGAAUUUCGACGUGCAAGCUAUUCCAAUUGAUCUUCUCGUGCGGAUCUUGGUACCUAUCCUCAGUUCUCUUGACAAAUCGCAGUUGGACAACGCAAUCAACGCUGUUCGCGCGCGGUAUUUGUCAUUAAGUAGAGCCCCACCUAAAAGCGCCUUGGACGCAUCUGCAGCAGCAACGCAAAGAGCGCCUGUUAUAGAUGAAGAUGACGACUACGAACCAGUCUUCCAGCCGACCGAAGAUACGGAGCAGAUUCUUAACAAGCUGGACAGCGUAGCAUCGGAUACAAACGCCAUGGAACGGCAGCCAGACAUGGCAUUAGGAACGUUCAAUUUGCCCCCACCACCGGCUCUUACUCAGCAGGAAACGGUCGAAUACAGCAAAGGCACCAUCAAUCGCGUCUUUGGUAUCAUGUCGGCUCUCGAUGACGCCGGUCGUGGAAAGGCCCAAAAACAUGGCUUCAACCGCCUGGCGGCCAGCGGGUACGAUAGGGACGCCUGGGUGACGAUGAUCACGCGUCUGGCGACCCGCGCGUCGGCCGGGUUGGAGGAAGGAGUGGUCAAGAAGGAGGAAGGCGGAGAGCUCGUCGACCGGAAGGGAGGAGCGUUCUCGAUAAGCAACGCCAUCCGCGACGCGCUCUACCUCUACGUCCUCGAAGACUUCCGGCGCCGCAUUGACGUCGCGGUAUCUUGGCUCUGCGAGGAGUGGUAUAAUGACCGGCUGCAGUCUGAGGUUUCGGAGAUCGAGCCGGUUUUGCACUACGAGAAGUGGGCGCUCAAGGUACUUGACGGAAUCUUGCCGUACCUCGACGCGAAGGACAAGGUGCUCAUUCGCUUCCUGUCGGAGGUGCCGGAGCUCAUCUCUGGCAUGUUGGACCGAGUGAAGGGGCUCGCCAGGGAUCCGGAGAGGAUUGCUUUGGCGGUUAACGCGAUACACUAUCUCAUCCUCAUGAGGCCUCCGGUUCGAGACCUGUGCAUAGACGCCAUUGAAGACCUGUGGAGGAACUACGAUGGCGCAAAGGGAUUGACUACCAAGCUGCUCACCAAGUGGCGGCCGCAUGUGCUGCAGGAGGCGGCCAAUGGCGCUGCUCCUCUUGCCGGUGGGGUCGUAAAGACGGAAUGA